GUUUGACCACUACCUAGCCCGGUGCAGCUGCAGUUGAGUCUCAUGUAGAUGCAUCAUAACAUGGCAACGAGCAUCAGCAAUCCAAACUGUCCUCGGCCAUGUCUUCGCUACUUUCUCGCUCCAGCUCGCGUGGGCCUUUGCCUGUAGACGAGACGUCUAUGGUUCUACAGAACGGACGCUUCUUUUUGCCGCAGUCUGGCAGGAAGCAUGAAGGCAGAUUUGCAGACUGCAUCGUGAUAGAUCAGACUGCCGGGAAGAUUCUACAUGUCGGAUCAGAUGGCGAUCCAACGGUACAAGCGGCCAGAGCCGCGGGUGCCAAGACUCACGACAUGAACGGUCGCGUUGUGCUUCCGGGCUUCGUGGACAGCCACAUGCACCUGCUGAUGACGGGCGAGUCAAUGAGCAAGCUGGACAUCGGGUCUUGUACCAACCUGGAAGAGAUACAAAGCACCAUUCGUGACUACGCCAGGGCAAACCCAAACCUGUCUCGUUUGCUCUGUCGCAACUGGUGGCAAUCCUCUACGAAUGGCGAAGCAUUGGCGAAAGAGCUGGACGACCUAGAUUCAAGACCGAUAUAUAUCGAUGCCAAUGAUCUGCACUCGGUUUGGUGCAACACGGUCGCACUCGAAGAGCUGAAAGUGGACGACCUAGAAGAUCCUCCAAAUGGCCAUAUUCAUCGCGAUGAGAACGGCAGACCCAGCGGGCUCUUGUCGGAAAGCGCCGCUGUAACUAUCGUUUGGCCAUUCUUAAGUAAAGUUUCUACGACCGAGCAAAAGUUUGCCUUUCUGGACACGGCUUUCGAGGCCUAUAUCUCAGCCGGUUAUACUGGUGUUGGGGAGAUGGCAAUGGAAGAGAGUCUCUGGGAUCUUUUGACACUUUAUGAGUCCCAAAAGGGGCCUCUUCCGCUCUGGGUCACAGCGUACUGGUUCAUCAUACCACAAGAAUCUGGAGCAGAUACUUUGAAGCAGGUGGAAAGGGCCAUUGAGCUGUACAAAGAGUCUAAUACCGGAGGCGGUUUUGAUGGCGCCUCAAAGCGCAGGGUAGGAGGCAUUAAGAUAAUAUGCGACGGUGUAGUGGACGCCUGCACCGCAGCCCUUCGGGAACCCUACUCGCACGACAACAAGAAUGCUGAUCCGAUGUGGACAGUGGAGAGCCUCACGCCAGUCUUGAAGCACGCGGAUGCCGCGGGUCUGCAGUGUGCGAUACAUGCAAUUGGCGAUCAAGCCAUAAAGGUCGCACUGGACUCUUUAGAACAAGUCGGCAACCCGUCGGGCCGCCAUAGAAUCGAGCAUCUGGAGCUGUGCUCGCCUGAAGAUGCAAAACGGCUGGGGCCGCUGGGCAUCGUUGCUUCCGUACAGCCAGUACACAGUGACCCCGCCGGUCUGACUGCAUGGCCAAAGCUGAUCGGACCGGUACGGUGCAAGCAUAUCUUCCCAUACGCCUCGUUCGCCGAUUUCGGCGCCGUUCUGGCCAUCAGCACCGAUAGCCCAACGGCGCCGCACGAUCCGUUGGCCAAUAUCUUUGUCGCAACUAAUAGACGCUCAGCCCGAAAGCCGGACCUUGAGGAUGUGGUGACACCACAGUUCGCAUUAAAGCUUGCAGAGGCGGUGGCCGCAGCCACACAAGGUGCCGCUUAUGCUUGCCGUGCGGAUGCAAGUGUAGGGAAGCUCGAGCCAGGGCUUACCGCUGAUUUGGUUGCGGUGGAUAUGGAAUGGGAUCACACGAAACUCUUGCGCGCAAAGGUCGCGGAGACCUGGUCGCGUGGGCAAAAAGUAUUCGACGCGGCGGAACUCAGAUGCCGAAUCUAGGGAUAAACGCAGCGUGGACUGUAAUCGACUCUUCUUUCACUUGUAUAAUCUCUAUCGCGGUUCUUGCAAACCCAUACAUUUACCAUUUUUCAUAUUAUAGCCACCACAAGUACUCUACUGUUCUUUCUCAAGGAUCCUAGACUUUCACCCCGAUCCAGUCGAGUAUGACACAAAUUUGUCUACAUAAAGCUCAAACUAGGAUCUUGCAGAUUUCCGCGUUGGCGUGAAUACCGAGGAGCAGACUCUGACGCGAUAUGUAGACAUACUAUGCUUCAGCCCGCUCAGAAAAAUAAACAAUAUCUUUAUCGA